GAGUUGUCGAUAUUUUGUGGGUUAGGCUAAGGGUCCGUCUAGAGAUGGCUUGUGUUUUUUAGUGACGGACAUUGUGUAUAUUUUGUUUGGUUGUGCUGAUCUCGUUAUACUUCGCGACUCAUGUCCUAAACCAGACAUUUACUGUCUUCUUUAUUUGUCAUGACUUUGGAGGAUCCAUUUUACGUCGUUAAAGAUGAGGUGUUUAAAGCUCUGAACAAAACCCGUGGCCUUUACCUCCGCUGGCAGGAGAUAUCCAAGUGCCCUGUGAUACCAAGCAGCCCUGAAGUGGAAUGGACGUCAACGGAACUCCGGAAUGCUCUGCGAAGCAUCGAGUGGGACCUUGAAGACUUAGAAGACACUAUCUGCAUAGUGGAAAGAAACUCAUCCAAGUUUAAGAUUGACAACAAGGAGAUCAGUGAAAGGAGAACCUUCAUUGAAGCUACUAAACAAGAAGUCAAGGUGAUGAAAACCAAGAUGAGCCUGAACCGCAACCGCGACGCGGACGGGACGGCGCGCGAGCCGCUCCUGGGCUCCGAGAGCCCCGUCCACUUUGCCACCUCCUGGACAUCCACGCCCAAGUACUCCCAGUACUCGAAGCUGGCCAACCAGACGGAUAGUCCGACGUUUGACCCGUAUGAGCAGGAUGUUCACUCUAUGCAGGAGAAGAUGCUAAUCAGCCAGGACGAGCAGCUGCAGGUGAUCAGCCACUCCGUGGGCUCGCUCAAGACCGUCUCCAGACAGAUCGGGAACGAGCUCGACGAACAGGCUGUUAUGCUGGACGAUCUCAAUACAGAACUGGAGAACACUGAGUCCAAACUCGACUCGACAAUGAAGAAAGUCGCCAAAGUACUGCACAUGAACAAUGAUCGACGGCAGUGGAUCGCUAUACUGGUGCUAAUAGGCGUGUUAUUCUUGCUUUUAAUAUUAUUCAUUAUAAUUUGAAAUGAGAAGCGGACCUGGCCUACAAUGCUGUAUAGAUGUUUACGCUCCUAGCUUAUCUCUACUUCGUAAGUACCCUUAAUGUGAAUUUUUCCGGGCCUAUGUAUCCUGGUUAGGACUUUUAACAGACAUGAAUAAUUAUUAAUUUACUACAUUGCCAAAAAUAUUCAAUAGAGUUCAGAAUAGUGAUAAUAAAAUUAAAAAUAGAUUUAAAAUGUAUGAAUUAUAGUAAUAAAAUUUUGUUAUAUUAUAUUAAUCUCGCCUAAAUACAUUCAUCGGUAAUCCAGUAAGUAAAAAAAUAUAUGAUAUAAUGUUUAAUAGCAAUUAUUGUAAACAAAAAUGUGAAAUUGUUGUGUUUUCAAGGGGUGUAUGAGGGCUAAAAAAUAUAUUUUUCCUAGUUUUUGACACUUGUAGCUUGUUUAUUAGGGUUAUGUCAUAGUACCAGUUACUUAUGUUUUGUAUGGUAGGCUGCUACCUAAUUAUUAUUAUAAUUAUCAGCUUUUUGUGAUGAAAAUUAUGAGUUUGGAAUAGGAUACUUGAUGGAGAAAUGGGUUAAAAGGUUGUAUUUUUCGAUAAGAGGACUUAACUUGAAAAAACUUGUUACUUUCCAGCCAUGCGGUGAUUCCUUGAGUCAAGUGAUUCUAAAUUAAAUGAAAUAUUAGAAUAUAAAACGCUUUUAGUGGGUGUUUAAGCCGAAAUUUGACAUGAGUAUUUAUACUUACAAUGUUUAUCGUGUGGCUAUUUGAUGGUUAGGCUCUGUAUCUAUACUACUGUUAUGUUUUAGACAGACCACUGUUAUUUACUAGUUUGAAAUAUAAAUAAUUGUACAAUACAUACUUAUCAAAACGCGAGAAAUGUGAAUUUGCCUUAGUUUAUGCACAGCGAUGGUUUGAGUUGUUGUAACUAAAUUUUAGUUUUAAGUUCUUUAAAAAAGCAAGCGAAUGGUAUUUUUAUUGUUUAAUGCUAAGUGUUAUUUAUUUGUAUGCAAUUUUAUAGCAAUCGGUUGAAGCAAAUUAUGAAAGUUUUAGUAAUUGUAAAGUUAUUAAAUGUUGGUUUUGCUAAAGAAAAUGUUAUAGUUAAACCAAUUUAUUUGACCCACUCCGAGAUAUGUCGAGAAUCGAGAGUUGAGACCGAUUAUCGGUGCAUGUUUCGUGGUUAGUUUUCGAGAAGAAACUCAAAUUUAAAACCAAUGUAGGAAAGUCAAUUUUAAACUACUCGUAGAUAUAAAUACAAUCUUUCAUCAUAACAUAAUAUUUUAAUUACAGUAUUUAAUAGGAAAUUGCACUGCGAAACAUUUGUUUUUGUGUAUGUAUAAAUAUACUGCUGAUAAUAUUGUAACCUGUAACCUGUACUUAUAUGUAUACCGGAAAUCCCAUGAUACGGUGCAUACAUGGUAGAAACAAAACUCAUAUUUUAUUAAGAGAUAUUGUUUUAUGAAAAUGCUUGCUCAUUAAUGAUUAGCGUAGUAAAGUAACAAACAUUUACAGUUAUAGUAUAAGCAGCCAGUAAGGCAACGAAUACAAAAUAUGGCGGCGCUUCAUAAUUUCUUCUGUCCUAUCCUAGAUUCUGACGCUGUCUUUAUUUUUAACAACAUGCGGGAUUCAUCACGUACGCGGGAUGGCCGCCAUUUUCCCGCAUCUCGCGAUGCCAUACGUUUGAGCGCGUGCGGUGCAAUCCCGCAUGUGUGAUGAAUCCCACACGUUGUUAAAAACAGCCUAACAGGAAAUAGAUUGGUUUUCUUUAAGUGGUAGCACUAUACUUCACUUUAAAUUAAUAAGGGUUUCCCUCGUCAUACUACUCGAGUUCAGUUUUAACUUUGCGAGUGGUGCAAAAUUUCCCCUUCAAACCGCCAUUUUUGAUUCGUUUCUUUUUUGGAUUGGCUUGUGUAGUGAGAUUAAUUAAAUAGAUUUCAAACAGUUGCCUUUAAUAAUGACACUGAAAUAUUCGUUAUUAGUCAGUAGAGAACAGUCAAGAGAAUAUUUUUUAAACCUACAAUUAUAGUGCGUAAAUGAAUUCUAAAUAUUUAUAUUUACCAACUUAUCCAAUUUUACAUUAUACCAUGUUAAAUCGUAAAUUAAGUCAAAUAAUAUAGAUGACCGAGACCGUAUAAUCCGCUUUACACCAUGUGUCUUGCAUGGUACCAUUAACAUAGUCUUAGAUAUACUUACAUAUUAUAAAACAUGAUUAUAUAGGUACUUAUUCCAUAACAAAACAAAAUAGUAUAAUAUAGUAUAAAUCCCCACCAACGUAAGCUGAUGCAGGAAGAUAGUUAUAGCAUAGUCAUACCUAUAAAUACCUCUAUUCAGCUACGUUGAUUCCUGUGACAGUUCACAAUACCAAUUUAGGCACAAAUACUACUGCGAAAUCCGUUUCAAUUAAUAAUAUUUCAUUCGAUAUGUAUUAUGGGAUAACGCAGUUUUACGAAGUCUUCAUGCAUAACGUCACAUAAAUCGUCGUAGCUGAAACGGGGUAUAAUCGAUAUGCAAUAUCAAAGCACCCUUUAUAGAAACAGUAAGCCUAUCACAAGUGUGUCAACUCAAGUCGCUAGCGUAAUUCGAUAGCAGUGGGAGAUUUUCUUUUGACGUUUAAAAGUUCCAAAA